AAAGAAAACAAAAAAUUAAAAUAAUUGUGAAAUGAAGGUGCCCUAUAAAGCUUUAAAAACCGAAGGGAGAAACGUUUCUCUGAUCCGAACGAAGCUCAACGCUUGAACGCAGAAGCUGAAAAAGGGGAUUAGGGUUUGGGAAGCAGCGACAAUGGAUUUCACAGCGGAGAAGAAGGACGCAGAGAACAACACCGCCAAUAACCCCGAAAACGUUCACCAAUCGUUAGAUUCUUCUCAAUUGGCAUCGGCACUUGAUUCCAGCAACACCAACAAAGAAACCGAAGAACGACAAGCCCGUGAACUCAAAGCCGGUCUUCACCCCCUAAAGAACAAAUUUGUCUUUUGGUACACACGUCGUACACCUGGAGUCCGAAAUCAAACAUCAUACGAGGACAACAUAAAGAAAAUCGUUGAUUUUAGUACGGUUGAAGGAUUUUGGGUCUGCUAUUGCCAUCUUGCUCGCCCUUCUUCUUUGCCCAGUCCAACAGAUUUGCACCUUUUCAAGGAAGGAAUUCGUCCUUUAUGGGAGGACUCUGCUAACUGCAAUGGUGGUAAAUGGAUUAUACGAUUCAAAAAGGUUGUCUCAGGCCGUUUUUGGGAGGACCUGGUUCUUGCCUUAGUGGGUGACCAAUUGGAUUAUGGGGAUAACAUAUGUGGUGCAGUACUAAGCAUUCGUUUCAACGAGGAUAUAUUGAGUGUCUGGAAUCGCAAUGCUUCAGACCAUCAGGCCGUAAUGGCUCUGAGAGAUUCAAUCAAACGCCACUUAAAGCUUCCUCACAGCUAUGUUAUGGAGUACAAGCCCCAUGACGCCUCUCUGCGAGACAAUUCAUCUUACAGGAACACUUGGUUGAGAGGCUAGAGAUGAGAUACAACCGUGUUCUUGCGUUAGUUCCGCUGUGGCCUCAGCCAGUUAAUCAUUGGCUACAGUCUAAUGGUGCUGGGGGUGUUCCAGGACUGGUUUGUCUUUUGAAUUCAAUGUACGACAGCUACAUUGUGACUGUUUUAAUUAGUUUCAGUUGGUUACUUAUGUGUAAUGUGUCUCUUAGUUGUUGUAAAUAAACUUGCUCGUGCUGUUGCUUUUCACCUCGCAUAUGGAGAGAAUCAUGGCUUUCUUUCCCAUGAUAGAUUACUCCUUUUAGCACAUUUUGACAAAAGGCAUUAAUCCUUUAAACUGAAGUAUACUACUAGGGGUUACUAGUACUAGUUUUUCCAUUAGUACACUGUUGGGGUAGCGUCUCAAUUCUUGGAUAUUUUAGAGAGUAAUAUAUUGAGUUACUUUUUGAUAUAA